UUAAUGGAUGAGAAAUGAGCUAAAAUAGCACUUAUUUUGGGACAGAGGAAGUAGUAGUAUAUAAUUAUGUCAUUUCUAGACAAUACUCAUUUUCCCAACUGUGAAAUCAUAUUUAUCUCCGCGAAUACCUUUUUCUGGUUCACUCCGUCCAGUUAGCCACAUAUCCCCCCUUCUCUUAUAUAUAUGCGGACAUUACUAUCCAAGAACACCUACUAUAUAAAGAGAGAGAAAGAUAAUUGUAGAGAGAAAGAGAGAGAGUAAGAUGGAUAAUGGUAAUCAUCUUGGUGGUUCAGGAAAUGGAGGAUUUCAUAGCUAUGGCAGAUCUCCACAACCAACUCCUGCAGAUCCCCCUUCCCCUGAUACGGAGAUGAGCCUGGAACUGCCUGCACAUCUCAACCAGGAAGUUGUUGAAAUCAUUAGUCAGGAGCAAGACCAAGUCAUUCCAAACGUGGCCAGAAUCAUGCAGAGCACCCAUCCUUCCCAUGUCAAGAUAUCCGAUGACGCCAAGCGGACCAUUUACCAUUGUAUGUCUGAGUUCAUAUGCUUUGUAACAUAUGAAGCCAACGCGCAUUGCCAGCGUGAGCAGCGGAACACAAUCACUGUGGAAGACAUGGAUUGGGUCAUUAACAAGUUUGGGUUUGAUGACUACAUUGAACCCUUGCCUUACAACUUUCCUCCAAAUAGUGAGGAUGAUGGAGGCGAGUGUGGAUCCCUUACGAGGGAGUCUUUGUUGAAGCGUCCAAUGGUUGAUACAGCUUCAAGCUCUAAUAUCACAUCCUAUAACGUUCCCUCUAAUUUUCCUAUGGCUCAUCACCACUUUGUGUAUCCACCACCAAUGGGAAAUGGUGACAUGCAGGGGAGGGCAAGCACUUCUCAGUGUGCAGGGGCUUCAGUGGAUACUGACGUUGAGUCACCUAUGGAGGAGGAUAAGGAGUGAUCAAUUUCUCAAUAUAUUGAAGGUAUUAAGCUGUUGUUGAAGCUUUAUAAGCAAUAAAGAAAGUUUAGGAAUCGAACUAAGUUAGCCAAUUGGGUCCCCUUCAAUUGGCUGUUUACUUAUAUGUGUGUAUGUGUAAGUGUAAGUGUAAGUGUAAGUGUAAGUGUAUGUGUAUGUUUAAGUGUAUGUGUAUGUUUAAGUGUAUGUCUAUGUGUAUGUUUGUGUGUGGUGGAAGUGCUAAAUAAAAUGAACAAGUGCUACUUGUCUUGAUUAUGAUA